AUGUCGUCCUUUUUCCCUUACAGCCAGCCAUCCUUACCCGAUUUACUCAUCAUCGCCUCAUUUAUCUAUUUGCUGAACGUCGUCCGAAUUGCUGCAGACCUUGCACUUCAUGCAGGCAUCGUUGCCGAGCUGUUCCUCGGCAUGGUGUACGGCUCCCCACUGGCUGGUAUUCUGCCUUGGAGCUGGGAAACGACGUUCAUCGUUAUGGGAUACCUGGGUCUUGUACUUAUUGUCUUUGAAGGCGACAACUUACCUGUUCUCCUAUCCAACCUACCGCUGUCCUGCCUAUGCGCUCUGACUGGGAUCGGAUUACCACUCGCCCUCUCUUUUGCCUUUCUGAGAGCCAGGUUCGGUUACGCUCCGUUGGAGGCGUUCGCUGCUGGUGCAGCGUUGUCCUCCACGAGUCUCGGUACCACACUGGCGGCCCUCAACAGUCAGACCCGCAUCGGUACUGUGUUGAUCAGUGCUGCAAUAAUCGAUGACGUCGUCGGGCUUGUGAUUGCCGCACUUAUUCCUGCAUUGGCUGAACUCAAUGGGACUUCCUCGGUGCAGAAGUCCUCGCAUUUAGCAUGGACAUUGAUCUGUCCACUACUGUCAUCACUGCUGAUCGCUCUGCUGACGCCCCUCGUUGCACGCUUCAUUCUCCGUCCACUCUUCUGGUUUCACAAUUUCGGCGAAAUGUGGUACGCAGUGAAGCUGGGCAUCAUGGUCUGUACUUUGAGCGCGUUCACAGCAAUUGCAUAUUACACAGGAAGCAGCAUGUUGUUUGGUGCAUAUAUUAGCGGACUCACAUUGUCGUACGUCGCUCGGCCACAUGUUGACGCCACAACCGCUACGCAAGCCGCAGGAGAAUCGGACGAAGAAGCUGAGGAAGAGCGCGUAGCGGCACUGUCUUUCGAACACACUUUUGCACGCACCAUUGGUCCGUUGCAACAAUACGUACUGGCGCCGCUGUUUUUUGCCAGUAUCGGAUAUGCAAUCCCAUUCCUCUCGCUCUGGAAACCUGUCAUCAUAUGGCGUGGCGUUGUUUAUGCGCUUCUCAUGUGUGUAUGCAAGCUAGCGGUCGGGCUUCCGAUAUUGGCGUGGAUAUUGGCUCCAUGCUUAUAUUGCAAAGUGCUUACGGUUUGGAGGCACCGAAGAUGCAUUCAAUCACCGUCCGGCGCCCAUCCACCGGAAGUUGCACACAGCGAAUCUCUUACGCAAUUACUCUCCGCCACCCUGCACCCAGCUGCAUUCAUUGGCAUCGCCAUGGUCUCACGCGGGGAGAUCGGGCUGCUCAUUGCUGAGAUCGCGCAUCAAGGUGGAGGGCCGACGGACUCCGCAGGGCUUCUUGAUGAAGAGGCUUUUCUGAUAUGUAUUUGGGCAAUCUUGCUUUGUACGUUGAUAGGGCCUGUUGGUGUUGGAUUUGUGGUGAGGCGCUGGGGACGGGAAAUUACCGACGGGGUAUGGGCAUGA